AUGGAUCAAAAUUCUGGUGCCGUUCCGAAGAAGCUGCACACAGUGCCGGAGCUCAGUGCCGAGCAUGUGCCGGCCAACGAUUCCGCUGAAAAUGUCCCUGGCAACGACUCGGACUUUCACAAUGAGCCAAUGAGCUUCCGUCGUGAUAAGAUCGACAUCACAGAGCUGCGCAACUACUGCAUUCAGCAUGAGAUGCCGCUGCCCAUCAUCGAGAUUGUGCAGCAGUGCGGCACCCCAUACGCACCUGAAUACGUGGCCUGCUGCACGGUGGCCUCCAUCAAGCGCUACGGCAGGGCGCGAACUAGGAAGGAUGCCCGCCAGCGGGCCGCCAUCGAGAUGCUGACCGUCAUCUCAGCCGACGAGGAUCCUCAUCCUCGCGAUGCCCAGAAUCACGAUGUGGAGUUCGAACGUCGUGGCCCAAGGACUGGGGGCCGCAAGCUGUGCGAUGCCCACAACUACUACAAGGAGUUCUUGCCGCACCUGAAGUCGGCCGCCUUCGAGGUCAUCGAUUCCAAGGACUACAAGAACGAAAAGGAGCAGCUGCUGGCCCUACUGAGUGCCCUCAAGAUCACACCCAAAUUCUCGACAGUUCCAUCGACAUCCGGGGUGACCCUUGUGAAGGUGCAGCUAAAUGUGGAUUUUGAUAACCUUUUUAUUGAUUUAGAAAGCAAGAUCUGUGGCUAUAUGAUUAACUACUUUAAGGUUAUGCUCAACUAG